GGUUGAAGCGUGUCACUGACGGCUUGCCGUAGUGUAUGUUUUGUGACGUAUGCGGAAGAGGUUUGUUUUGAGAACAGAAGCAUGGAAGCCGGUGAAGACACGAGAAAGAUCCGAUCCUCAAAACCAAAGAAGAAAAGCGGAAAAGGAACCCAAACGAGAUCAGCUGCAGAUGAAGCGAAAAGGAGAGAGGCUCUUAAAGAGACCCUCAGAGAGAAACUUGAACAUGAACGCAAAGCCCUGCAGAUUGUUGAGAGACUUCUGGAAGACAACGUGACAGAGGAGUUCCUUAUCAGUUGUGUAAGGCACAUCACUCCUGCCAACUACAAAGACACAGUAGAAGAACGGUCCAUAGCAAAACUGUGUGGAUAUCCUAUUUGUUCAAAUAAACUCAACAAUGUACCAACUCAGCAGUUUAAAAUUUCCACCAAAACCAAUAAAGUCUAUGAUAUCACAGAGCGUAAGUGCUUUUGCAGUAAUUUCUGCUACAAAGCCUCCAAAUGUUUUGAACUCCAGAUACCAAACACUCCACUUUGGCUCAGAAAGGAAGAAAGCCCUCCUGAGAUUAACUUGAUGAAAGAUGGAGACAGAGGCAGCUCCGGGCAAGAAGUAAAGUUGAAAGAAAAGCCUAUAACAGAAGCCGACAUUGAGGAUCCUGUCCAAAACGUUGCUGAGCCACCGAGGGACUCCCUUUCCUGUAGUCAGAGUGACAGCAGUGACACUGAACAAGGCUUUGUCUCCAGUGUGGUUUCUAGGCGACAUAAACAUGCACGGGUACACUGGGGUAAACUGCCCAAAAGAGAUGGACAGAGUGAUCAUGAUGAGCCAAGCGGUAAACAGAAGCAAUCUGCACGUCCUGAAAAACAUGCUGAAGAUAUUGUUGUAAACAGAUCUUCUCAAGGCCCUUCACCACAGAAGGACCCUGAAGGAUCCAGCACAGAUUGUCUGCCUACACCAGAUAAAGUCACAUCUGUUGAAUCGAAUGUUGAUAAAACUGGGGAGCUUUUGAAACAGUGUAAUCUAGAGGACAGUCACAAUGUGACUACUAACCCUUCCCAGCCUGAGAUUGAAAACACUGCCCUUUCUUCUGGUGGUCUUAACAUUACUCAGGUAGGGAUGAGUAAGAGAGGAGUUGCAGGCCUUAAAGAUCUGUUAAAGGAUCAUAAAAAAGCUAAAUCGGCUCCUAAAGCCAUCAGUCUGUGCCUGUUGGAGCGUCUAAGACAAACCUUUAUGGAAUGGAGAACUGAAGAAACCAUGAAGUUUCUUUAUGGUCCAUAUCACGCUACAGAGCCUACGGCACAACAAGCAGAAGACAGUGAAGAGGAGCUGGAUGAAGAUGACCUGGAUGAGGCCGAGGUGAUGAAGGGCUUAGGACACUCGGGUGGAGAGCCUGCCAGACCCAGUGCUCCUGCUCCUGAUUUUGAAAAGCUGCGAAAAGAGACUGAGCAGAUGGAGAUGAGAGUGAAGGAGUUUUAUGAAGGAGUUUGUGUUCUGCCUGAGGAGCUGGAGCAAGAGUCGUUCAAAACAAGUGUUCGCACAGAGGACAGUGGGAAAGAUCCUCCUCUUCCUUUAGUUGAUUCGCAUGCACAGCACCUGAUUCAAAAACGCAUUGUUGUGGAGAAGCUCAGCAGAAGUUUGAGAGAUGUUGUGGGACCCCUGUGCUUAACAAUAAGUGAUGUCAUCAAUGACAUCAAUAAUCUGGUUAGGACUUUCAGGUUUACAAACACAAAUAUCAUUCACAAAAGCCCCGAAUGGACUUUAAUUGCAGUGGUUCUUCUUUCAGCGUUAACAGAAGUGUCACCCCUGCUGAGAGAGUCACUGACAAGUCCAUCAUCACUUGAGUACAUUGCCUCUUUGAUGAGAGAGCUGAAACUAAAGGAUGAAGAUCUACACAGCCUUGUGCUGCUCUUCAAAGCCCAAAUCACCCCACAAGUAUAAUGUAUAGCAUCACAGAAUCACAAUUUAUUAAAUAAAUGCCUGUCAGACAUGUGAAUAAUUUUAAUAAUCUGAACUAACAGAAAGCUAACAUUUUGUUUAAAAAAGGCAGGGUUUGGUAAGGCCAAUUCACACUGAUCCAACAAUUUGUUGAAGUUUGCUGGGUCAGUAUGAAACCCCUGUUGGCAGUUGUUGGAUCAAAAUAAAUGAGACUUUAGAAUGUUGGGGUUUGUUGGUGUUGGACCAGGGUGAAUUGGCCUGUAGUGUAGAUCAAAAAGGUGUGCAUCUUGUAGAAAAGAAGAUGCAAUUCUGUGUUAAUUAGGAAAUUUUGAAACCUCUCUUUUUUUUUAUUAACCUUGGGGAUCUUUGAUGGAUCUUUGUUGUUGUUGUUGUUGUUAAAUAUUGCACUAUUUUGUUUGGCACAGAAGUUAAUAUUGUGCGAACAGAGUAUAUUAUGUUUAUAAAAACACCAAAUAUCUAUGUCCAAUCUAAUCUCCUAACUGAUUUUUUAAAGACCAAUGACCUCAUUUAUAAAGCGCGCGUAUGCACAGAUUUGAUCGUAAAGUGUGCGUACGCAAAAAUCCACGGAAAAGGCCAUAUUUAUAAAAACGUAUCUUUGUCUUUUACAUGCAAAAGUGCUUAGCGUCACGUCAGUGUCUGAGUAGACGUAUACGCACUUUUGCUUGUCCGAUUGCUGCAGGUUUUUGAAAAAAAAAAAACAUUCUUGUUGCUUGAAAAGGGUUUAAACAUUAACAGGUGAGUUUUAUGUGACAUUUAGGCACCGUUUAAAUGCAGAGAUUUGAAACUAUUUAGCUGCAUAUAAUUUGGGAUUUAUAGAUUUCACAUCUACAUGCGCGUUUUCUGUGCGCACGUCCGUUUUAUGAAUCACACGUACGCACUUUUGAAAGUGAACUUAAGAUCAAUUUUAGGACGUUUUCUUCGCAGAAUUUUAUAAAUAAGGCUACAAGAUCCUCAUUUAUAAGCGUGCGUAUGCACAGAUUUAAUCGAAAAAUAUGCGUAUGGACAUAUUUAUAAAAGCUUCUUUUUGAUUUGACGUGGAAAAGUGCUUAGCGUCACGUCAGGGUCUGAGCAUACGCACUUAUGCUGGUCCGAUUGGAAAUAGGUUGAUUGGAAAUUAUUUAAACAUUGAAAGGUGCGUUUUUAUGUGUCAGUGACAUUGAUUAGGCAUCGUUUAAAGGCGGAAAUUUGCAAAUGUUCACCUGCGCAAAAUGUUAAGCUCAUUUGCGAUUUAUAGAUCUCGCAAUGCUUACACGCGCUUUCUAUGUGUACUAGGAAUACAUUUCGUUUUAUGAAUCACUCGUGCGCACUUUUAAGAAAUGCAAAUUUAGGACGUUUCCUAAGCAGUAUUUAAAUUAAUGAGACAUCGAAGGCGACAUCAAUUUUUUUCCCUUAAUUACAUAGUGCUUGACUAAAGUAGCCUAUUAGAUUGAAAUGCAAACACUAAAGAUUUAUUUAUUUACUGUGUGCAUCUUGACCUAUAUCACCUAUUCCUUUAAUCAGCAACCCACUUUAAUGUAGACCUAAUUCAAGUGUCUGGUAAAAGUAAAAAUGCUAUAAAAUGAUCAUUUGUGCAUCAGUUUAUUUAUCUUUUGCAGAAAAAAUCACAUCUUGUUAUAAAAUGCGUCAAAUAAAUUAAUUAGGCAAUU